AUGCCUAAGAAAAGACACCAGGCGUUGUAUUCGAAGCCGCAGUCGACUGCUCCGUCGUCAUUGGGUGCCUCAGCUUCAGCCUCUUCUUCUGCCCAGAACCAACAUAAGGGCGUCAACGAACUCUUGGCCGAUCUCCGUCGAUCCUCCUCCCGCGCUACCCCGACAGUAUCAGCAGCAGCAGUAUCCGCAGCCACUGCUCCUACCGUCCCGCCCGCCCUCCGACAGAUCCUCCAGAUCCCAGAGACCCCCCCACCGCCGCCCAGGCGUGUCCCGAGAUUCGACUCUUCAGGCAGGAGAGUACCACCGGGUCCGCCUCCUCCGCGUAGCUGGCUGUCGCAAUCGUCCAGCCAUGCGCAGCGUGCUCACGCGACUGUCGCCCAGCGCGGCGCCCAGGCCAUCCAGGGCCUGCCGGGGACGUACAAGCCGGAUAAGGGUAGCCUGAUGGACAUCAUGUUGCGCAGGAUGGCCCUGGACUGGGACUUCCAGAGGGAUUACGAUCAGUACUACCUACACACCUUACCCAGCCGUGUCAGGGCCUCGUUGGCAAGAUACGUCGGCGUAUGGUACGAGCGCGGUGUUUCCGCUGCUGACCUACGCAACAUCCUGAUUCCUCCGUCCUUUGCUCCGGGGCACGAGGAUGACGACACGCAUCAGCAGCGCCAGGUCGACGCCGAGGCGCUCGUGUCCCUGAACAGCGACAUCUACUUCCUAGAUCUGACGGGCUCGCUGGGCCACUCCAUAUCCGUCAGGGAGCUGUUGGACGUCCUCUUCCCCCAGCAGCUGGCGUGCACGUCCGAGGCGGUGCAGGAAUCCUGGGACACGGCAGACGCUCCGUCGCUGCCCCCAAAGCUCCUCCCCAACCUCACGCACCUCUGCCUCGCCGUCGCCCCCAGCGUCCACCGGCAAGGCGGGGGCGCUGGGGUCUCGUGGAAGCAGCUCCUCGCACUCGCAGCCAAGCUUCCCACUCUCACACACCUGAGCUUGGCCUACUGGCCCGAGCCGUCGCUGACACCCAACGCCAAGUUCUCCACGAUGGUCUCGCCCGAGGGCCUGACGCAGCAGUACUCCGGCACAGGGGCGUACGCGCACACCCUCGAUAACGAUUGGUCCGAGGCCGUCAUCCUGUUGCGGAAGCUGAGCAAGUGCCUCUACAGACUCGAGUACCUCGACCUCACGGGGUGCGGGGCGUGGUCCAAAGCGCUCAUGGCCAACGCCGACGGCGACAAAGUCGACUGGGCCGGGCCGUGGGGCAAAGUCUCGACGUUGAAGUUGACGUACGGCUACGAUGUGAGCGAGGACACGCCGAUCGCCGAUUCCGAGAGGUUCCGCGAGGCGGCAGGGACGGCCAGGGCGGUUGAGAAAUACAUCACUGCGCAAAGAGCCGGCAAAGGGAGGUUUAUCAACGUGGACAGAGAUCCCAUCGACGAUGUGUGGUUGUCGUUUAUGUACUAG